UUCUUCAACGGGCACUUAUUGUUUUGGCUUCAAAGUUCAUUUAGUUUUGGUGGAAGUAUCAUUAGUAGUGUUGGUGACUUUUCGGAUUUUCUGUGUAGUUUUAUUUAAAAAUAGUGAUUCAGAAAGUUGGACGUUGGGCAGUGACUGUGCUUGCUAUAGAUGUCUUUGCAAACAAAACUUUUAAAUUUAGUCUUAAAUUUAGUGGAUGUUCUACUUAGAGUUCCACCACUUUUUAUCAUUGAUGAACUGUUUCGUAUAGGAUUAGGUAUACCAAUUGGACAAAACCUAUUAUCUGAAUCAAAUGACACUUUCAUUUCCAUUGACCAAAGUGUAAUCUAUGAAGGUGGCUUAUCAAGUGCCAUUCUUACCCAAAAUGAUAUCCAAUUCUAUAAAAUUCUUCUGAUUUUGAUUGGGAAAUUCGUCAUAGCAUCAGCAUGCUGUAUAGCUGCACUUUGCACUUUCAUGCUGCUCAGGGAACACCUGCUGAUCGUGUAUAUGUACCUGAUAUCUGUAGGUGUUGUUUUCAUAUCAUACUGGGGAAAUGUGACAACUGUCAAAGCGAUUCUUGGAUCAGUACAAAAUGGUCAGAGCAUUCUAGAAGAACUUUUAUCCUUUAAUUUUGACAAUCUGACCAAAAAUGGAGUGGGAAUGAUACUUUUUGAGAAUUAUAUAGCUCAGAUAAUUUUGUCAUGUGUGUUUUCCUAUGUUCAUCUUGGGCCAAAGUAUCCAUUGUUACAAAAAAUUUGGCCUAUAACAUUCCUAGCCCCAUCAUUUUUAUGCCUCCUUCCCUUAUCUCCAUCUUUGCUGAAUCAUUCGCCUGUAUUUUCUGCUGUGCUACCUCUUGCAAUGGUGAAGUUUAUAUUAUGGUCUAGUGCAUUCACUAUUAUCCAAACGGUUUAUGGAGGAUACUUGCAUGCAAGGAAUUUCAUCAGUAACUUUGGUCUCUCUGCACUGAUGGAAACUGAAUGGAUGAGGCUAAACGUUCCAUGUGUCCUUCGGACAUUCUGGAUUAUACGAUUGGCUGAGCAUGCUUUGGUACUUCACCCUCAGGUUGGGUUUGACCUCGGAUCAAUUUUCAUGGCGUGCAAAUCACUUCUCAUCAGUGGCUGUGAAACUCUAACAGCUGUUCUUGGAAUGACUUCACUAGUAUCUUAUCUUUGCCAUUACAUUGGUUCUUUCUUUCAAUGGGUGUUGUUGGCCGAAGACGAAGAAGACAAAUCCAUUGGCACAGUCUCUGCUAUAUUGUUCUACAUCCUUGCUCUUCAAACUGGCCUUACUGGCCUCGAUCCUGAGAAGAGAUUUAUUCGACUUUGUAGGAACUUCUGCCUUCUCUUUACAGCUUUGCUUCACUUUAUACACAACAUUGUCAACCCUCUUCUGAUGUCUUUAUCAGCUUCACACAACCCUUCACUUCAUCGGCAUGUAAGAGCUCUUCUCGUCUGUGGUUUCCUGAUAGUCUACCCAGUAAGUCUGCUGGGAUACCUUUGGGCUCAUCAUCCUAUGUCCACCUGGCUUUUGGCAGUUUCUGCCUUUUCAGUCGAAGUUAUAGUUAAAGUGAUCGUUUCACUUCUCAUAUACUCUCUUUUCCUUCUGGAUGCCUAUAGGUCUACUUUCUGGGAAAAACUUGAUGACUACGUUUACUAUAUCAAAGCAUUUGGAAACACAGUGGAGUUUUGUUUUGGAAUUUUCCUAUUUUUUAACGGAGCCUGGAUUUUAUUAUUUGAGUCUGGAGGAGCUAUUCGUGCCGGAAUGAUGGGAGUUCAUGCAUAUUUCAAUAUUUGGUGUGAGGCCCGAGCUGGUUGGUCAGUCUUCAUGAAGAGGCGUACUGCUGUUAACAAAAUAGAAUCACUUCCUGAAGCAAGUGAAGCUCAAUUAGCUUCCCAUGAAGAUGUGUGUGCUAUAUGCUACCAAGAAAUGAGAGCUGCCAAGAUCACAAGGUGUAACCAUUAUUUCCACGGUGUCUGUCUGAGGAAGUGGCUUUAUGUUCAGGAUCGUUGUCCACUUUGCCAUGACAUUCUAUAUAAAAUAGAAUCAGAAAAUGAUUCCAAGAUUACUGAUGGUCACUUCCCCCAGCAAGAAGGUGAAGGGGAAAUGGUGAGAUGAACAUCUCUUCAUAUACUCUCCCAGCAAUUUAGGUAUAAAUUGUGAAAUUGACUUGAGGUUCCUGUAUUGAAUUUACUAUGAGGCUCGCAAUAAGUUAGUGAGAAACUAUAACCGAAGAGCUAAAAUCAUUGAGGCUUGCAGAAUAAUUAUGACCUAAAAUGCCAAUACUAAAAUUGGAGACAAUUUAUUUUUAAUAAUAGUAAACAUUUAACUAAUGGUGUUAGCAACAUGGUGACAGAAACUGCCGAAAUAAAAACUAUAAAUUUUAAAUAUGGCAUUAAAAGGAGUCGUGAUUCAAAAUUUGUUGGCCAUAUAGCUAUUAAUUCUAUAAUUUUUUUUGUUUUGUUUUUUUCGUUUUUCCUCUCUGCAGCUUUAAUCAGACUAGGUGCUGUUGACCUUCUUUGUUUGAUAUUGACAUAUUGACCUGUUUUGAAAUUGGUCUAUAAGAAAUUGAUAAUUUAAUAUAUAUUUAUCAGUUGCAGUAUUGUGAAUGAUUACGUAUCAUAUUUUUGAAUAUUUUGUGAUAUUCCUCCUAAAACAUUAGUCCAAUAAAUAACAUGUUUUAAGAAUAAAUUUCCUGACCAUAAUUUUUUCCCCUUGAACAAGAAGAAACGCAAGGAACCAUGGGCUCACAAGGUUAUCGUUUUAGGUGAUAUCAGGUCUGAAGUUACCAUGAUAAGUCUUGAAUUUAUUUCAAUAUAUUUUUUUAAAAUGAGUGAUAAUCUUUUUAACAUUCCUAUUUCCAGCUCAAUUAUAAUUUGUUAAUUUGUUUUCUUCCUUUAUUGUUUACCUUUUUAAAAGUUCUAUUCUGCUUGCUUUGCUCUUUUAAAUUUAUAAUUAUAAAAAAAGUUUAUAUUUGUCUCAACCCUUUUAUGUCAUGGGAUGUAUGAUAAUAUAAUUAAUGAUGCAAGUAAAUGAGUCCUGAAGUUUCUCUUACAAAAUAUUUGUAAAAUGGUUAUACAAUUUAAAUUAGAUUCAUUAUAAAAUGAACUUCAUGAAUGAGAUAUCACAAAUUAAUUAUUAAUUCAACCUGUCAAACCGCUGUUACUAACCACCACGAAAAUACUCAUAUCCUUGAUUUUAUUCCUUGAAAAUUAUAUCAUAUUGUAAGUCUAUCGUCCACAAUAAAAGGGACUCCACUCAAAACAGUCAUUGUUAGCAACCCUCAAUUAUAAGAAUAAAAUAGAUCUAGCAGCAAACUAGCUGUGAUAAAAUAAAAACCAUAUUAAUUCCAAUACUUUUUAAACAAGUGCAUAUAUCAAUAAAAUCUUUUUUUCAUUUGGUUGAGCGAUCCAGUGAAUAGAUUAAAAAAAAAUGUACCAAGUUUUUUAUUUUAUUUUUUUGUAAAAUUAAUGAAAUAUACUAGCCAGUAUUUUUUGGAUUUGAGGAAAGAUUCUGUGACUGUUUCAAUGAGGGGCAUUUACCAGCAUAAUACUACAAACUGAAUUAUUAGUUGUUGCUUUUUUUUAGCCUUAAUGAAAGGUUAUAAAAUUGAGGGUGAACAAGAAUUUUAUUGUUUAUAUUUUAUUAUAAAGAAAUUGACAUAAUUAAAGUUAUGAGAGAUGGAUAUAUUUUUCUUUUUAUGUUGAAUGUGAGAUUUAUUUAAUUAGUUUAGAAGUUAUUUAUUGAUGUUAUGCAUUGACCAUACGUUAAAUGUUGGAUUGUAUGAAAUAGUUUUAAAACUAAUUCAUGGUGAGACUGAAUCUGUUUGAUGUAAUUGCUUAGGAUAUAUAACUAGUUUAAGGGUAUUUUAUAGACUUUACAAACUUAUUUUCAAUUUUUUGGAGUUUUAAUUAUAUUACAAAUUGAUGUUAGGAUAAAUGUUUUCAUUUCAUUUUUCCUAAAGAAUUCAUGUUUUAAAUUUCUUUUUAAAUAAGUUAAUAUAAUUUUAUUAUUGAUGAGCUUUAUUCUAAUUGUCAUCUUUAAAGACUAUUCGAUAAUAAAAUUUGAUAGAUGAUUAUUAAAUCUACCCAAGAUUAAAUGUUGCUGUUUAGAGUAGCUUAAUAAAAAAUAUAUUUAAUUUCUUUUAUACUUUUUUUGACA